AAUGAUUUGCAAACUCCGUUUCAUAUUGUUUUACCAAUAACAUACAGUGACAUUGAUGAAUACUUUCAGUCACAGAAAAACUCUUUGAAAAAGAGUUAUAAAUAUAUAAUGUUCAAUUAUUCGAGUUAAUUUAAGAAAUAUUGGAAUAGGUGUUAAAAAGAUACGCUGAAGUGUUGCAUAAUGAACCUUCCUGUGGAUCAAGGUGAAAUGAAGUGUCAAAAUUAUAGCUACAUCUCAUGCUCAAAUAAAUCCAAUUCAUCAUUCUUGAAAGAUGUACCCACUCCUAUUAUAUCUGAUUGGGGAUUCUGGAUAAAGUUUUUAUCAACACCGCUAAUUGUUCUCGUGGGAAUCAUUGGUAACAGCCUCUCUCUGAUGGUAAUGAAGGCGCCUUCAUUGCGUAACAAGAGUUACUCGCAUUUUCUCUGUGCGCUGGCAGUGUUUGACACAUUUUCACUCCUCAUCCGCCAGAUCGAAAGUAUCGACGAAUAUUAUGUAUUCCAUUCUGCAAAACCUGGAGUAUUUCAAAACUUUAACAGCUUAAGUUGUAAAAUGUAUAACUACAUCGCUCAUGUGAUAACUUUAAUGAGUUCUUGGUUGGUUGUACUAAUGGCCGUAGAAAGACUCAUAGCCGUUUGUUUUCCGUUUAAGAACGCAGUGUUGAGGAAACAGAAUGGAGCUUUGAUUGCAAUAUGUGUGCUUUUAUGCAUUGUUCUUUUGAGUCAAUCAUUCCGUUUCAUUAUCAUUGAGCACCUCCUGUACGAUCAGAAAUUCGAGAUUUGGGAUUGCCUUGCAGGGCAUGACUUCAUCGAACUAUACACAAGCCUCGACAUUUAUUUCUUUCAGUGGGCAUUGGUGUUUGUUUUUCCAGUAGUCUUGAUUAGCGUUUGCAACAGUAUGGUCAUCUAUCAAAUUUUGAAAGUAAAGAAAGAUGUGAAUAGAGAGGAAGAAUAUCUAACACGUGCAGACAACAGUGGUGCUAGAAAGAAGACGCGCAGUACCAGGAUGCUGCUAAUUUUGACAUUCACCUAUAUGCUUACGCUGUUACCAGUGUUCUCUUUAACUUUAAUUGUGGAUUUAUCAAUAAAAUUCAGCAAUAUUUCAACAGCCCGCAAUGUGUACCUUACACUCACGCCAUAUAUAGACGUAGGCGUAGCUAUUUCACUGAUGAAUUAUGCUGUUAACUUCUUCAUCUAUGUUCUUUCAGGUAAACGGUUUCGAUUUGAACUUAAGCGUCUCUUCAGACGCCGCCGUCGAAACAGGCCAAGUAUUAAAAGGACGGCUACAGUUAAAAGUACACGCGUGUAAAGAGGGGCGUGAGAAUACAAACAAAACUUCUCAAAAAUAGCUUUCACAAAGAUCUCAAAUGUUUAAAUUGUUCAAUAAGUAUAUAAAACGCUGAUAUUUCUAAUUUACUGCUGCAAGACAAGCAUGAAAGAUAAACAUUCCAAUGUGAUUUUCAUCUAAUGAAAUUGACAAAAUAAGACAAGCUUCUGUGGAAAACUUUGUCGAGCAAUCAGGUUUUAUUAAAAAGUAUUUAAAACAAUUAAAAUUGAUUAGUUAAAAAGGUGAAUACCAUGCUUUUAUUCGGUCGAAAUUUAAUUUUACUUUUAAUUAGAAAUAACCAGCUAUAUAUGAUUUUAUUUUGAAUUCCGGAUAAGAACAUGUUCCGUUCAAUACUUUACCACAGCUUCCGGUUCUGUUAAUGACAUAAUUUGAGCUGGUCGUGCCAAUGUUAUAGGAGUGUAUAAUUUGUACAUCAUAAAUGUCUAGAGUCAGCUAAUUGCCUGAUAUUUUCUAGAAGGAUAGGAUGGUGAAAUGUCACGUCUCUGCCUAAUUUGGUUCAGUUCACGUUCCUGUCGCCGAUAAAGAAAUGAGCUAUCAUAAUUUUUCAGAUUGUAAAAUAAUAUAUUGUCCGUUGAUUUGAGGCAAUCAGAAAGAUAGCCAUACGAGAGUAAUACUUUCUUAAAAAAGAAACUGCUGGAGUUACUUGUUACAUUUUUUAUUCCUUAAUUUCCGAACGAUAUGGAAGGAUUUUAUGUUAUUUAGUCCCAUAAAAGCGGAGAUCUCUGGGAUGUCAUAGUAUCAAAAAACCUAGGUGACUUUGCAGGACCUGUUCAGAUUAGCGUAGAGAUUGUUUCUAAUACCCAGUUUAUGCAUUUUAUCUUCAUCAAUAAAAGUACUUUGAUUUCAUAGUCCAAGUUGCCAUGCAUACAACACGUUUGUCGACUUAUGACGGGUAAAGUGUUAAUGUCUUCCUCUUUCUUAUCAUUUAAAAUCAUGAGUUCUUAUACUUUAUUGUUUUGAAGAUUGAAGAUAUAAUAGUUCUCGGUGGUAUGGGGUGUGAGAUGUGGCACUUUACAUUAUCAAACAUAAUCUGAAGUGUUCAUGUUAUUGCUCCGCAGGAACUCCUCUUUUCCAUUUUUACAGCAUGAUGUCAUAAGGCUGUUAGAAUCAAACUAUCGAUCGCCCUAGGUUGUCUUUCAAUCGCCUUAUUGCAACCAACAUUAUUAAAUUACCAACAUUAUGAAAUUAUGGUAUUUAACGUAUGUCCUUUCAAGUUCUCAUUUACAACUGCCUAAAAUAAAGCGAUGCAGGACCUAUUUUUUUUUGCUGAAGAAAUAUGACGAAAAUCCGUGAUAGGGCUUCCGCCCGGAGCAUGUUGAUCUUAAUGUUCAUA